CUGGCGCAAGAAACAAUAACCGUUAAUCCUGGGCCAUAAAGACACGAUUCCGAAAGAGAUUUACUAAACGGAAUUUCGCAAAGUAAACCGAGAAAACUAUCCUGCAGCUGCACUUUUUUCCAGAAACAAACCUUUUUUCGCUACCUGUUGCCAAAAAUCCGCGAGAAGCAAUGGCCGCAGGCUUUCGCCCGUACGCUGAGGACCCUUCUAACCUUACAAAUAGCGGGACUCCGGGAAUUAGCAUGUCAGUCGUCCCGAGAACGGAGCCACUAUACUUUCACCCGCAGACUGCCAUUCUGCCAACGGUCCAGUACUCCCAUCCGUACCACCACUAUCUGAGCCAAUUCGCCCCGACUUUCGUGCCAUACUAUUACCGCCUGCUCUCGCGUCCGAUAAUGAAGCAGGAGGAGAUGGACAUCGAGAACUACAUCAACUACGAGGUGGCCUCCCAGCAGACCAUGAUGCGUCAGAGGACCAUGAAGCCUCUGGGCCAACUGCAGAUUCAAAUGCCGCCACCAAUGAAGGCCAGCCUUCCGGCGAAGGUUCCCGUAAAGCCAGUGCCAGUCCGUCGGAGCUCUCCUCCGAAGCGUCGUAUUAUCAACGCCACACUGGUGGCCAUGGCCACUGCAUCAGGAGAAAUUAUAAACUUUGAACCGAAGGUGGAACCCCUGCCUCCCGUCGAGGAGUCCUUUAAGCAACAGGUGGCCAAGAUCCAGAAGAGUCAGAAUCACUAUGAACAGCUUUUUGGUCGCCUCACCUCCAUGCUGAAGACCCUGAAUCAGCGGUACGACAACAGCGCCCACGAUGUGCCUGCACCGCCUUUAAAGAGACCUCGCCACAUGUCCACCAGCUCCUCGGAAUCGCAUCUCCCGGACACCGCCGUAGGAAAAGAUGAGAAGGACUCACUGGUCCAGUAUCCCCAGCGAGUGCAGAAAGCGGAUGGAAGCACUGUGUAUGUGCUAGGUCCCAAUGGAACCCAGAUAACUGCUCAUCAAUAUGGGGAGGUCUUCUGGACCAACGCUCCAGUGGCUACAAGGUGCCUCCUUUGCGUGGUCUUCACUAGCGAUGAGUUGGCCACCCACACUCUCACAGGCAAACCCUCUCCGGCAUUUUAUGGCCGUGAAAGACCCCCGAAACUUCAGUUGGACCCACGCAAAGUGGACGACAUUGUUGUCUGUGUGACGAACCGAACGGGCGGAAAGGAGCGGGUGAUCCGGGCCACUAUCACCACCAAGUGCGCCGAUACAGCCAAGAAGUAUAAGCGAAGGGCCAAGAAGGCUCAAAAGGUCCCCAUCAAAGAGGAGUAUUAAAUAAGUUAAGGAUAACGAUUGGCUAGAUUAAAUCCAGCUAUGAUUAAACCUAAUAACUGCGCAAAGGAUCUUCGAACGACGCGCCAAAAAGGCGCAGAAAACAAAUGUAAAUAUUAUAAGUAGGUCCCUGCUAUAAAUAGCAUAUCAACUGUUUUAAAAUCUAGCUGUGAUUUAUUAAAAGAAGAACUAAUAAAGCGACCGUUUAAAGGCUUAA